AUGAUAUUCAGCGCACAUUUCUACUUCGAUGCAAUUGCUUCGCGCCAAAUCCCGGGUGUCACGCCACACUUGACUCCGCAGACCUUGCCAUACUAUAAGAAGACCCUCGAUCUUCUUCGGAAACGGCUCUUUGAUCAAGAUCUUAAUGCACGGACUUCUUACACCACCCUGUCGAUAUUCAACAUCCUUGCUUGCCAUGCAGAGGGAGUGGUCUCUUUCAGCGACAAUCCGAAACUUCUGGCCGAGAUACUAAAGUCCGAUAUAAGCAUUUCACUUCAUAGCGGUCUUGCACUCACGUUCUUCAAAGACCAGGAGUACAUUCUACCGCACCCAGAUCUCGCGUCCUUCCUUAGAUCACGAGACCUCGCCGGAACAGACCCCAGGCCUUUGUUCAACAUGGACGCUGAGCUCUCCAAAGUCUGGAAAAGAAUGUCCGAGUUCUGCUCCGUUAUCAACCUCGCUGCCGAUUCCGCUCAGGACGCUGGAGUGACCGUGUGGGCAGUCUUCGGCUUCAACGUGCACGGCGAUAGCACGCCUGGUGUCUUGUCGGAGCCCAAAACAUUGACUCCAUUUGGAGCACAAAACUUAUACAAUGUCGGAUCUAAUUUCCGUGCUCGCUAUAUCAUCGGCGGCUCUGUCAAGGCACAAAACACUUGGGUACAGGACCUCAAUCAGCACAAAUUGGAUCCUGAACAAGUGAGAAUAUACUCCACUUCUGAACAGUAUAAUGAAGCGUCCGCUCUUGCAUUCAUGCAGGGACUGUAUCCUCCAACUGGCGAUGCGGACCAGAACUAUACCUACCUUGAUGACACUUACAUUCUAUCGAACGGCACUAUAGUCGGCUCUCCUUUGAACGAUUACCAAUACCCACGAAUUUAUGCUAGCAGUCUGGCAGACCCUGGCUCAAUCCUUGUCGCUGGUCAAGCAGACUGCGACAAGCAUCAAGUGCUGGAGCAAGAGUACCAGGCGAGCUCUGAAUUUCAACGCAUUGAUUCGGAGAAUGCCCAAUUCUACUCUGACAUGUAUAAUCUCGCUCUCGAGGGUGUAUUGAAUGAAGCCUCGGUAGGCUAUGCCCGAGCCGCAGAUGUAUACGAGUAUCUGCAAUAUAACUACCUGCACAAUGAAAGUCUCAUGACAGAACUAUCAUCGCAAGACUUACAGAGGGCGAGAGUGCUGGCAAACCAAUAUACGUAUGCCACCAACGGAAAUGUGACUGUUUCGGGCAAUGACGAUAGCGACCGGGUUCGUGCCAUUGCCGGACGCACUUUAUCUCGCCUCAUUCUGCAGUCUCUCCUUAUGAACAUUGAGACUGAGGGAGCUGGAUCAAAGAUGACGUUAGUGUUUGGGGGUGUCGAACCGAUCGUCGCUUUCGCUGGCCUCAGUCAGCUUGCGUCGACAAUGAACAGCCAAUUUUAUGGUAUGCCGGUUCUUGGAUCUUCAAUGAUACUCGAAUUAUUCAGCAUGAGUCCAACAUCUUCGGACGUAUAUCCAAAUACAUCAGAUCUAUACGUCCGACUUCUCUUUCGCAACAGCUCUUCAAGUCAUGAGGGGUUCACUCAAUAUCCCCUGUUUGGCUAUAGCCCUAGCCAGAUCGACCUUCCUUUCAACGAGUUCGCUGCCGCACUUGGCGAAUUCAUGCUUCCCUCGACAAAGGCAUGGUGUGACGUGUGCGACAGUUCUCCGAUGUUCUGCCUUGGAGCCGCAAAUUUGGGUAAGAAGCAGAGCAAAAACCAUCUCAGUCUCGCUGGUGCUGGGGCUAUCGGUGCAGCCGUUACUCUUGCGGUAGUAUUGGCAACUAUGGGUAUUGCGUGGCUCUGUGGUAUGGGACUGUAUCGACGACGCAAGUCACCGGGUCUCGGUGGUUUCAAGGGUGAUAAGAAGAUGGCUAGCGACCAGGAUGUUAGUUUCGCGGAUACACCGAACGGGGCGUUUCAAAAGAUCGCACCUGGUGGAGGCGCAAAGGUCAAGAGUCAUGAGCGUACCGGGAGCUGGGAAAUGAGAAACAAGGAUCGUGUGUCGCCAUUAGAUGACGAGGAGGACGACGAUAUAAGCGGCAUUACAGAACCGGUCAAAUGCCAUCAGAUUGUGUGA